ACCACCAGAGCUCUCCAGUCGCUGUCCAGAAGCGAUUGUGGGAGUUCUGUGACUCCAAAAUAUUUUCUUUUUGCUCGCUGGCUCCUCCAAACAUAACUUUAUCAGAAGUUUCAGCCAAUUUUGGUGUUAUCGUUCCUUGUAACAAGAAGCAGCAGCAGUGGCAGCAGGCAGCAGUAACAGCAGUAGCAGCAGGCAGCAGUAACAGCAGGCAGCAGUAGCAGCAGUAGCAGCAGGCAGCAGUCAGCAAGGACAAGUAUUGCUUCAGUCUUGCAGUUCCUGAUCCACCUGUCCAACAUGAAGGCUCUCGUUACAGCGGCUUUCCUCUGCUAUAUACUGCUGAUGGUGCAGGAAAGUGUAGUUGGUCAACGGGAUGUAUCAGAGAGUCAGAGAGGAAGAGAUGGUGUAAAACCCAAGAGGAUCAAUGUCAGAUCUGACAGUGAACCCAAAAUGGCUGUCAGAGAUCGAAUCAUUGACCAUGAAAAAUGGAACUCUGUCAAAACUAGUGGGAACGCUAACCAAAUGAAGACUGGCAGUGAACGCCACACUAAAAGCCACUUACGAAGUGGGAAGAAGAGUCGCGGAAGUACGAGAAUGGAGAGAAAACGACACACGGCCAAUAACGACGCAGAUACUCGCCUUGACAAAGAAGCGAGCAAGCGUAACCGUGUCAAGAACCUGGAUGGGCGUAGAAGUGUGAAAAAGGCAAAGAAAAGAAGACGGAAAACAAGCAAAAAGCGUGAGAAUAACAGGAAUAAUGGAACAAGGAGUCGUAAGAGCAAAAGCAUCGUCAAGAACAGGAGUCACGGCAGUGAAGUUGACGGUGCUAAAAAGACUUUGAAAAAAAUGAGUCGCCCGAAUAACAGGCUGAUCGCCAAGGAAGAAAAGAAAGGAAGAAAUGUGAAAAAGAAAAUGUACGAUACACUUGAUCGCAACUCAAGAAUAAAUGCAUUUAAACAACAAAAGGCUAUGAAAAACAGAAGAGGAAAAGAGCAUCGCAGGAAAGUCAAAGAAAAGAAAUCAGACUCGAAGUUCUCAAAGAGGAAUUCAACUUCAGGGAAGAAACAGAGGUCAGUUAAGGGAAAGAAACAGAAAUCAGUUAAGGGAAAGAAACAGAAAUCAGUUAAGGGAAAAAAACAGAAAUCAGUUAAGGGAAAAAAACAGAAAUCAGUUAAGGGAAAAAAACAGAGGUCAGUUAAGGAAAAGAAGCGGAAAUCAGUUAAGGGAAAGAAACAUAAGUUAGUUAAGGGAAAGAAGCAGAAGUUAGUUAAGGGAAAGAAACAGAAAUCAAUUAAGGGAAUGAAACAGAAAUCAGUCAAGGGAAAGAAACAGAAAUCAGUUAAGGGAAAGAAACAGAAAUCAGUUAAGGGAAAGAAACAGAAAUCAGUUAAGGGAAAGAAACAGAAAUCAGUUAAGGGAAAGAAACAGAAAUCAGUUAAGGGAAAGAAACAGAAAUCAGUUAAGGGAAAGAAACAGAAAUCAAUUAAGGGAAAGAAACAGAAAUCAGUUAAUGGAAAGAAGCAGAAAUCAAUUAAGGGAAAGAAACAGAAAUCAGUUAAGGGAAAGAAACAGAAAUCAGUUAAGGGAAAGAAACAGAAGACAGCUGCCGAAAAGAAGCAAAAAGAAAAACCAAAGGAGAAGGACAGAGAUAAAAACCAAGGGCACGGGAAAAAAAUGGAAAAAAGGAAAUUAAAGAAAAACAAUAAGAAGAAGAACAGCCAUAAAGCAGAGAAGAGUGGAAGUCGACAAUCCAAAAAAUCGAAAAACAAAAAGAAUUUAAAGAAAACAAAAAAAUUAAAGGAAAAGAAGCAUAAAAAGAAUAGGAAACGAAACCAAAAACUAAAGAAUAACAAGAAUGUAAACAGUAAAAAAGAUGGUAAACUAAAAAAAGCAAAGAAUGAAAAGAAGAGGCCACAUAAUAGCGGGGAGAAUCAUCAUCGUCCUCCAUACGGUAGCGGGGAGAGUCAUCAUCGCCCUCCAUACGGUAGCGGGGAGAAUCAUCAUCGUCCUCCACACGGUAGCGGGGAGAAUCAUCAUCGUCCUCCACACGGUAGCGAGGAGAAAGAACACUGCAAAACACCCAAAAAAUGCAUGAAAAGUGGCGGGUUUUGCACUUCUGAGAGAAAGUGCAAGACCAAGAUUGUGUCUGGCAAGUGCAAGGGAAAGUCUUGUCACUGUUGUCUCUCUGUUUGCGCAGCUAAACCAAAAAAGAAGUGUACUAAACACAAGGGUGUGUGUAAGACAAAGUGCGACGUGAAGGAGCGACAGAUCCCCAAGGGUUGCAUGAAGAAAACUUGUGUCUGCUGUGCCAAGGCUUGCAAGCCCACGACGCACUGUACUGCUGGUGGUGGUUAUUGUGUAGAUAAGAAGAAGUCUUGUAAGGGAUGGGUCGACAAGGAUGACUGCAAGGGAGCCAAGUGCUUCUGUUGUUAUCCAGCGACGACGAGUACGACCACCACGACUACCAGUACCACGACUACCAGUACCACGACUACCAGUACCACGACUACCAGUACCACGACUACCAGUACCACAACCACCAGUACCACAACUCGAAAUACCACAACUACCACUACCACAACUACCAGUACCACAACUCCAAAUACCACGACUACCAGUACCACGACUACCAGUACAACUCCAAAUACCACAACUACCAGUACCACAACUCCAAAUACCACAACUACCCUACCACAACUCCAAAUACACCAACAACAACCACUACCACAACUCCAACUACCACAACUACCACUACCACAACUCCAAAUACCACAACUACCACUACCACAACUACCACUACCACAACUACCACUACCACAACCACCACUACCACAACUACCACUAACACAACUACAUCUACCUCAACUACAACAACUACCACAACUACAACGAGUAUCCCAACAUCUAGCACAACUACAACUACUUCAACAAGCACGAGUUCCACAACAAGUAGCCUAACCACAACAACAACAACUACAACAACAACAACAGCAACAACAACAAGUAGCACAACUACAACAUCAGUCAAUGUUACUACUUCAACCAGCACCUCAUCUCUUUCUUCAACCACUACUUCAACUACUACGUCAACCACUACCUCAACCACUACCUCAACCACUCCUUCAACCACCACUUCAACCACUUCGUCAACCACUACUUCAACCACUACUUCAACCACUACGUCAACCACUACGUCAACCACUACGUCAACCACUACGUCAACCACUACGUCAACUAGCACAUCGACUACCACUACAACCAGCACAUCGACUACCACUACAACCAGCACCUCCACCACAACAUCAACCAGCACAUCGACAACUACUUCAACCAGCACAUCAACAACUACUUCAACCAGCACUUCAACUACUACGUCAACCAGCACUUCAACUACUACGUCUACGACUACACUACUACAUGUGUUGGACCUUUAUGUCCCUUAAUUACUAUUCUCAGACAACUCCUUCAAGUAAUUAUUGCCUUGAACAGUGCAAUUGUUUCAAUUCAGACGCUUGUAACUCAACUUGCAGCGCUCUUGACCGCCCUUGCUAAUGCAUUAGGGGGGAGAAGAAAACGUCGUGCAAUAUCUGAUAACAUUCUAAGCAUUGGGAACGUCAUAGAAGAUUUUCCAGCUGCAGCUUAUGACAGGAACUCAGCUAUCAUAAAUUCACUGACGUUACAAGUGAUUAGUGCAACACAGAGUAUGCCAGAUAUAAUAACCUCAGUAAUUAAUGGGACGACGCCAGCCACUAGUGGACUCAUCUCAGCUGCUCAGCAAGUUUAUUGCAUCUGUCAAUCCGUUCUAAUCACUCUCAUUAAUGAAAACUCUCUUAUAUGGGGUGAAGCCACCAGUGUAUCAAUUCAAAUUCAAGGGUUGGGAGGGACGACAACGCAAAUACCAAGUGUUGUGUCGUUUAGUGUGACGCCGUGUUCGUCAACUACCACGUCAAUAAGCACGACCACUGCUACUUCGACGACCACAACAGCUACAACUUCAACAAGCACGACAGCUACAACUUCGACAAGCACAACUACAACUACAACUAGCACGACGACAACUACUACGACCAGCACGACAACUACUACAACCAGCACGACAAUUACAACUACGACCAGCACGACAACUACAACUACGACAGGCACAACGAGCACGACAACCACAACUUCAACAACUACUACUACAUGUUCUGGGUCUUUGUGUGUUAUAAUUAGUAAUCUGAAAGCGUUAAUCCAAGUUCUCACAGCCAUAAAUACUUCUAUUGUGACAAUUCAGAGCCUUGCUACUCAACUGUCAACUCUGUUGAGUAUUCUUGCCACUCUUGGGAAGAGGAGAAAACGUCGAAGCGUAAAUGAUGACCUGAACGGUAUUGGAAAUACCCUAUCGUAUUUUCCUGGUGCAGCCUAUGACAGAAACCCAGGUCUUAUAAACUCGUUGACGGUGCAAAUGGUUACCGCACAGAAAACUGUCAUCGGUAUAACAAAUUCGGUAAUAAACGGGUCUACGCCAGUAACUUCUGCACUUUCCUCAGCUGCUCAGCAACUUCUUUGCACCUGUCAGGUUACUCUGGCCAUUCUGUUCGCUGAAAACAGUGUUAUAUAUACAGAAGCUGGCAGUCUAUCUACUCAAAUUCAAGGAUUGGGAGGAGCCACGACCCAAAUACCAAGUGUUGUGACAUACAGUUUAACCCCGUGUCCGGCGACAACCACAUCAACCAGCACGGUAAUGACGACGACAACGUCUACUAGUACUUCGACGACGACAACGUCGACUACCACUUCAACAACGACAACAUCUACCACUACUUCGACAACGACAACUUCGACUACCACUUCAACAACGACAACAUCUACCACUACUUCGACAACGACAACGUCGACUACCACUUCAACAACGACAACAUCUACCACUACUUCGACAACGACAACGUCGACUACCACUUCAACAACGACGACAUCCACCACUACGACGACGACUACCACUUAACA